AGAAGCAUUGUAAAUGUAUGAUUAGGCCAUUAACAGGAAUCCUGAUUUUUUUGGUCAUUUUUAUUCUUAAAAAGGUAAUGCUCGAAAAAUUAAAAAUAGCUAUGACGCUUCGUUAAAUAAAUCGAUAUGAAGAAGCAUUAUAAUUUUAUGAUUAUGCUAUUGAUAGCAGUCCCGAUGUUGAUGGUUAUUAUGGAGCAAAGGGUAAAAUUUAACCAUAAAUAUAGCUGAUACACUUCGAGAUAUGAAUAGAUAUGAAGAAGCAUUAUAAUUCUAUGAGUAAGCUAUUAAUAGAAAUCCUGAGAACGGUAAUUAUUAUGCAACAAAAGGUAUAAACUUUAAACAUUAAAAUAGCUUAUACUCUUUGCUAAUUGAAUCGACAUGAAGAAGCAUUAAAAUUUUAUGAUUAUGCUAUAAAUAUAAAUCCUGAAGAUGAUGAUAAUUAUGCAUUAAAAGGUAAAAUUUUUAACAUUAAAUUAGCUGAAACACUUUGUUAAAUGAACCGAUAUGAAGAGGCAUUAUAAUUCUAUGAUGAGGCUAUAACUAGAAAUCCUUAUAAUUCUGAUAAUUAUGCAUAAAAAGGUAAAAACUUUACAUUGAAAAUAGCUGAUCUACUUCGUUAAAUGAAUCAAUUUGAAGAAGCAUUAGAGUUCUAUGAUUAGGCAAUUGAUAUAAAUUCUGAUGAAGUUGAGUAUUAUUCAUAAAAAGGUAAAAAAAUUAUACGUUAAAAAUAGAUAAUCUACUUCGUUAAAUGAAUCGACAUGAUGAAGUACUAAAGUAAUAUGAUAAGUCUCUCGAUCAUCAUCUUGAUGAUGUUAAUUAUUAGGAUUAAAAAGGUUGAAACUUAUAUUUAAAAAUAGCUGAUAGACUUUAAGAAAUAAAUAAACAUUUUACUUGUCAAAACAGUCAAUUCAUUCUUGAUCAACAAUUCAAAUAACAAUUAUCUAAUUAUCAAUCAAUUGAUAGGAACUCUGAUAAUUCUAAUAUUUUUAGAUUGAGCAUUAAUAAAACUUAUAAAAAAUAUUAAAUAUAUUAUUUAUAAUUAAAAUUCUGA